AAAUAGCUGUCAAACUCACGCCGGCGGAUUUUCUGUUUUCUUAACAAAAAUCUCAUUUUCCAAGUGUUAUUCUGAAGAAUUUUGCUAAAUACACCUGCAAAGAACUUUCUCGAAGCUCACGCAGCAAAGUCAUAUUGAUAUUCGGAGAAUUAUCAAGAUAAAUCCAUCAAAACAAUAUCUUGCUGAAACCACGUUGUUUUCCCCGAAGAAAUUUCAUUUCGCUUCCUAUCAAGCAACGGAUUAAGUCGAUCCAAUCAUGUCUCGGACGACAAAGCGAAAGCACGUCAUGAGGGAGUUUCUAAUGGACAACUUCGACCUGCCCUCGGAGAAUCAGACAAUUGUGAGGGUGGUGCAGUCGCGAGGGAAUUACCUGUUCGACGUGGAGAGCCCAGGAGAUGAGGAGAACUUCCUAGUGUCAAUGCCGACAAAGUUCCGGAAGAAUAUGUGGGUGAAGCGAGGGGAUUUCCUGCUGGUGGAGCCCAUCGAGGAGGGCAACAAGGUGAAGGCGGAGAUCGUGAAGAUCCUCACGCCGGAGCACAUCAAAGAGUUUACAAAGGCCAAUGUGUGGCCGAAGAAGUUCACAUCGAAGCGACCGCUGGAGAGUGAAGAGCCAGAAGCUGACUUCAGCCUGUCUGAGAAUCCCAACAGAAGAAGGCCGGAUUUGUGCGAAGCAGAAUCGUCAAGCGAGACUGACUCAGAUUGAGAAAUGUGUCUUCCGGAAUGCAUUGAAUUUUAUUUGAAAACUUCUCAAUAUAAUACAUAUACUUAUAUAAGUUAAUCACUUUAUAAAGAGAUAAGUUGUAAAUCGUAAAGCACAUUUUAUCUCAAUCUCUGCCCAUGCGUGCAUUUUUCACAUUUUGCGCUGUGAAUUGAUCUCUGAAAGUCUGAAAUUUGCUCGAAUUCUCUUGAAUCUCUCCCUUUGAGAGCUGUUGUGGGAAUCAAUAUGAAAAGGGAAUUUCUUCUGACCUAAACUCUUUGACGAAUCUCUCUACUCAGCUACACAGCUAAUUGGCUAGAACUGAAAACACCCGGCGUCUUGGACGCCCUUGACACUAUUCCGGGAAAAGGAGGGAAACUUGAGGACACUGAAAGCCUACAAUUCUACACUGGGGGAAAAAUCUGGGAGAGGUCAUGCUAAACGGUGGGGAGUGAGGAUGAGGUUGA